AUGACUCUUAAACUUCGUUUGGUUGCGUUUAUUCAUGUAGCAUAUGUUCAAAAUUGCCUCCCCAUCAGCAUGUGGGAUUUCCUUGGGGCGAGCUCGAUGGCAAAGAAUACACUUAUAUUUGCAUUUCAUUCUCUUGCUUUCAUAUGUGAGCUUGGCAUGCGCUGGGCCUGGACUGUGGUUGUUUUUGGUGAAUAUGCCGAUAUCGUCACCCUAGGGCGGCCAGCAUUGCAGGGUGGCACUGGUGGUCAGAUGUCUUUGAAUGAACCCGGAAAGGCUUGA